AUGCAACAUAUUGUUUGUAUUGUUAUUUAUUUAAAGAUAGUAGCAUUCAUCAAGGUGGAGGUGAUGUAUUUUCGACCAUUGGGUUUAAGAGUUGGAAUAAAAAGAAAAGUUUGUGGAUACACGUUGGUAAGCCAAAUAGCAUUCAUAAUCAGGCAAAAAAAAAGAGUUGAAGAUCUAAGUCGACAACAACAGUCUAUUAUAUCUGCAUUUGGGAGGGAGCAAUAUGAUCAAUUUAAGCAUGAGUACUGGCUUCGCUUAACUGCUUCAAUUGAUGUAGUAAGACUUCUUGUGAAUCAAGGAUUUGCAUUUCGGGGUCAUGAUGAGUCUAAAUCAUCACUUAAUAGGGGUAAUUUUCUUGAAAUUCUCUCAUGGUAUGCGAAACACUGUGAUAAAAUUCAUGAUUAUGUAUUGGAACAUGCCCCUCAGAAUGACCGAAUGACCUCUCCAAUGAUUCAAAAAGAUAUUGUGACUGCAUGUAAGAUAGAGACCAUCAAAGCUAUCAUUGAGGAAUUAAAUGGUGACUACUUUGCCUGA